GUUUAAGUUUGGAGUCACGACAGAGUACUGCACGUGUGUGGACGCAGGUCUGGAUGACGGGAUCGGAAUUUGCCGACGAUCAGAAACCGCCAUCAAAGCCUGCUUUCCUCUUCAUUUUACGCAUCCAUGGAUUUUUCCGGUCUUUCAAGCGCAGAGCAGGCUCAUGUGAACAAGCUCGUUGAAAAGCGACAAUUUCAAGGCUUCCUCACGAUGUACGGCAAACUGGUGGAGAGGUGCUUCAUGACAUGCUGCAAUGAUUUCACAAGCAAGACGCUUUCCUCCAAGGAGGAGACAUGCGUGAACAACUGCGCCGAGAAGUUUAUGAAGCAUUCGGAGCGUGUCAGCGCGCGUUUCGCAGAGAUGAAUGCAGAGAUAAUGAACGCUCAGAAGUGAGGUUCGUUGACGGACUGCAAAAAUACAGCUAUGAUAGAGCGUCCUGCGUCGAACCACCAUCACGACGAAUGUAUCUCGGACCCAUAAUUCCCCCUCUCCCCUUGAAUUCUAUGCACUUCGGCUGGGCAUGCACCUGAGCUUACGAUGCUCAAGCACUUGGUGCCGAGCUGACCCGGAUUGAGCCACGACUUUUGCGUCAAGGUUGAGGGAACGUCGCGAGGUUCCACAUGCCCAAACACUCAAUGCUGGCCUGACCAAGCUAUUUUCGGACAACUAAAUCUGGGGCUAUUUCGUUGUUACUCGAGGGGCGUGGACAAGCGCAUCUACGUGGUCGACACUGCGGGUUCACUCCUUUGCUCUUUCUUGGUUUACUACGUCGCUUGAAUUGCCAACGACAAGGGCUCCAGAGCGGAAGUUGACCUCAUAGCUGAAACCUCGUAUGAGAAUGGUUUCGAACUUUUUCUGGAAUCCUCCCUUUUGAGAAAAGAGCCCCUGCUCAAGUAUCAUGCCCCCCUAUGAUCCACGGCAUUAAAGCCUGAUCCGUGAUAAGAUCUCGAUCCCUUCGUUCCUCGAGAUAAGAUCAAGGGACCUCUGAUCAUCUCUCUAACCCCAUCGUCGCGUCACCCCAUGCCCCAGUUAUCCGAAGCCCACAAAGCUCGUCUCGAGUCAAUCCUCACUGAAGCCGUGGAAAGCAAGAUUGUUCCUGCCCUGUUCCUUGGUGUAACCGAUGCGGAUCGCCCGCUCUACCUCAAAACCGUCGGAAAUAGAUGGUUCGACGAUCCUUCAAGUAGGCCGCUCGACGAGGAUGCAGUGUUUGCAGCAUUCAGUCAGACCAAGCUUGUGACGACUAUCGCUGUCCUCCAGUUGAUCGAACAGAGAAAACUCUCGCUGUCUACGAACGCCGAAGAAAUCAUCCCAGAACUAGCGAACCCCGUCGUCCUCACUGGACGCGACUCGCAAGGAAAUCGGACAUACGUCCCCGCCAGCUCCAAGAUCACAGUGGGGCAGUUGCUUAACCAUACGAGCGGAAUGGAUAGCACCAUCUAUGCACCGAAAUCGGAACUAAAUCCUGCCGCGCUUUUGAGACCGACAGGAUAUGACUAUGCACACGAAGUUGAUCCCGUCUCCAAGUACUAUGAUCUGGUGAAAGGAUCGGGUGCAUUCCCUGGCGUGCCUCUCAGACACGAACCGGGCACAAAUUUCGCAUAUGGUCUUUCGACAGACUCCGCAGGUUUCAUUGUCGAAAAGAUCAGUGGCAAGACGCUGGAACAGUAUUUCAAAGACCACAUAUUUUCGCCACUGGGGAUCACAUCGGCUUCGUUCCAUCUCACUUCGGACCUUCGAUCGCGGCUCUUUCCGAUGCAUGGGCGAGACGCAGCUGGAGGGAUAACGAGAUACACGAAAGACCCGCUGCUUUCCUGUGAUCGUGAAACCGGUCGGGUGAACAUCCAUCUUGGUUCUGCGGGUCUCUAUUUAUCCCAGAAGGACUACCUUACGAUGCUAAGACACCUGCUGCGUAUCAAAACCCGGCGGAUCCACAACGGGAUACUUGCUCCGACCUCCGUUGAUCAGAUGUUCGCACCAACCCUGCCUCCGCUGGCAGCCGAGAUCGUGAGCGUAGGUGUGCAGGUUAAUGAACAUCUCGGGUGGCCAGACAACGCGGCACAAUUCAGUCGUGGGCUGCUGCUCAACACGGAGGAUAUUCCCGGGCGACGCAGAAAGGGAUCCGGAGCAUGGGGUGGACUGGCCAUGACGAGCUUCUUCCUGGACCCAAGCAGUGGAAUCGCAGUUGUGAUGGGCACCCAGCUGCUGCCAGGCUCCGACAAGAAAUACAACGAGGUAUAUCGGAAGGUAGAGGAAGCUCUGUAUCAGGCAUUGGACGAGGCGGAGUGAUAUUACAAUCAUAGCGUGCUAGGUGCCGCUUUGUGCAUCACAUUCUUCAGUCGUUGCCUCAACGGGCUCCCGUCUCGAGAUUUCUCGGAUUCCGGACUCUCUGAACGCGGCAUUGGGACAGGAUCAUGCAGUGGAGGCUUCGGCAGCACAUCCUCUUCGUUUUCUGCUGCUGGUUCCACUGUUUCGGUGACCACUGCCACUCUGGUCCACCUGCGGAAUCGUGUGUACUGCAGAAAUGUGUCAAUGAUCUGGCUCCUCGAUGCUCCAGAUGAGAACGCACCUUGCCCAUGCCGCCCUUCGCGCUGGGUUUCUCCCAUUUAUUAUCCUCGUACACCCAUCCAUCCUCGUCGGUCGUCAGCUCCUCCUCCUCUUCCUCACUAGCACUCGUCUUGUCCGUUUCCGAAUGUGAAUGGUCUUCUGACGGGGGCGGAUGUGUCGACGGCUCACGCAUCUUGGCAGCCGCUUUGGCAAGAAGGCCAGCAUUCUCCUCCUUCUCGCUGGGCAACGGCUUCUCGACCCGUGAAGGGCCUGACGCACCCUCCCGUCGGAUCAGCACACGCCAUUCGUCUUCUUCCCACGACCAGCGAGCACAGCGUUUGAUGCGGCCCUUUCCAUCCGGAUGGGGUAGCACGAUAGUUGUGUUGUCCGGAAGAAGGAAUGCGCUCGGCGGAGACACGGGCGCCUGCGAGUGAGUGCACCACGAGGGCCGUUCGCCGGGAAGGAGUGCUGCGGUCCAGUCCAGACCCAUCCACCACCUUUGGUUCUCGUACACCGUGAAAAGAAACCGGAGAGACUUGGCUGAGGAAACAGAGGCGGAGGCGACGGACUUCGCGGAAGAUUGGUAUGCGAAAGGAAGUGGCUCGCCGGUUACUUUAGCUGUCGCAUAGUAUACGGUCCAUCGAAACCAGGCACUCUUCCAGAGAAGUUUUCGCAGCGCACUGACCCAAGGGGCUCGCCAGGUGAGAAUGAUCGUGCCGCACAGGGCCACCAAGACGCGUAGGCGGAACAAGUAGAUGAGGACCAGGUAGGGCACGUAGAAUAUGAGUGCAGCAUGAAAUAGGACUUUGGGGUUUCGGAGCCGAGGCGAUAGCACUGGGACAGCAGGGAGAAGACUCUCAAUGGCGGUCAGGUCGGUGACAACCGCUUGAAUUGUUCGUUCAGAGGCGCGCGCGAUCGACGUUGCUCCCGUGCGCCCCCAUGCCCACAACGAGAUCCCAGAGGCGACGAGGACAGGAAGGAAGAAUCGCAGCGCGGGUUCUGCGAGGAGAGCGACGGCCCACCACGCUGCAACCAGGAGGAAAGCAUCGUAUGACGAGGACCAUGACGGAAUUUCUACAAGUCGUCGGAUGACGCGGAUCCCAGGACUCAAGGAGACUAGGACGACGUUUACAGGAAGAGGGAGCAUAUGGUCUAACAAGGGCGUUGUUGUCGUAUGUGAGGUCAGAGCGGAGUGUCCGGCACCUGGAGACUGCGGCAGGCGGGGAGAGCGUGGGAAUCAGUCGCGUCAGGUGAGCUGAGGGACUCGGACGCGAUCACAUGUUACCAGGCGGGCAGUUGUCAGAUGUCGUGUUGUUUUCUCUUCAGACCAUUUCGAAUGCUCCAGAUUUCCAGCGUUAUGCUAACAAGCAUUUAAAGUGACCAUCACUGCCGCUCCACUGUGUUUGCUGUGCUCGAAUGUGUCCCUGCAGAAAGGACAUUUCGGGUCGGGUACAGAGACCGCAGCUUCCAUGUCUCAUUAGCUUCGGACCCGCGUUUAGGGGGAUGAGAUGAGACACGACCAGAAUCCACAAAAGGGACCGCGGUCGAGAGAUUUGCCGCUAUCACUCUUUCGAUGCUUGCUCUCUCUGUGCUUGCGAUGCUCUUUUGGUCCUCAAUCACGAGCAUUUUGUCUUCAAUUCUCGUGGCUCUUCAGCGCGUCAGAGGCGUGGCACGUAUCGCUGACGUCGAGUCCGAUACGAUGUCUUGUUCGACGAUCAACAUCAGACCAGCCCCAACUGCUAAUUAUACAAAUCUACUGGCUGCCCAGCGGACUAAACUCUUCUCUACCCAUUGGCCGCAAGGAUCCCGUAAGCCUGCUGUUGCGGUGACGAAUCACGAACCUAAAUUAGAGCGACUGCUUGCGGAGCCCCAAUACGCCAGUCGACGACAAGCUCUGCAGCAACUAAAUCGUGAACACCGCCCCACCCAGAUUGGCGUGCGUCGACGCGACUUCAAGAUCAGGCCUUCCAUCCGGCGUAUCGAUGUCCUCCCUAGCCUAAAACUCGCACAUGCUCGUGCGGAAUUUGAAAGAAAUCCAGGCGACAAGCCGAAGCGUGUUCCCAAACUUCAUGUCCGUCGAGUGCUAGCAGAUUUCGCACCCAGGAGCCAUCUGAAUCAAUUGGUCGAAUCCGCCGUCUCUGCCUCCUUGGACCUUGCAAAACGUCGCAUCGAUGCACCUUAUCAGCUACCGAGGGGAUCGCCACUUGUGCAUGCAUCCACUCUUCGACUCAUCCCACGUUGUGUUGUUUCAACAGAGGAGGAGGAGCCGGACAUAUUCUCAGACUACACGGCGGACAUGGAAUUGCAGAAGGACGGAACCGGAGUUUUCUGCCAGCUUCUGUCGCCGUCUCGUCAAAACGGUCAGAAGCUCCACCAGAUGCCGAUUUCGAAAGGCUCGCCGUACACGCCCAGAAUGGUCCUCGCCGAAAAGGAGAAUGAACGAUUGUGACGCUGUGUUGAAGAGAUCUAGGAGGUGCGACAGAAGAUAUGAAAACUUGGUUUUGUGGUGCCUGUCGGCAUCGUCAGUACAUCUCAUGCCCAUUUAAUGUAAAGUAUGACAAGCAGGGUAACAAAUAGAUUAGACUAGAUACCACGCGAUCUUCCCUCAAGUCACGGUACUCAAUGAUGCUAUCAGUUCUCGGAGGGCUUCGCACAGCCACAUCAGCACCUUCGCAGCAGCGGCCUCAUUCACCUGCUCAUUCAUUGCAGUCUUCGACCUCCAACAUUCUCUCAUCAUGUCUCUCUGUCCAGCUUAUGCGCCUUUCUUUGGCUUUGCGGGCGUCGCCUCUGCAGUGCGUAUUUUACCCCUGGGCGCUGCUUUUGGGACUGCCAAGUCUGGCAUUGGCAUUGCGGGUCUGGGGACGUUCAAACCUGAGGCUAUCAUGAAGUCCCUCAUUCCUGUCGUCAUGUCCGGUAUUAUCGCUGUAUACGGCUUGGUCGUUUCGGUCUUGAUUUCGGGAUCCGUGACCCCAAAUAGCUAUCCCUUGGCUGCUGGAUUUGUGCAUCUGGGUGCGGGUCUGGCUUGUGGAACCACUGGUCUCGCAGCGGGGUAUGCCAUCGGCCUAGUGGGCGACUCGUGCGUGCGGGCCUACGUUCAAGAACAGAAAGUGUUCGUCGGGAUGGUGCUCAUAUUGAUUUUUGGCGAAGUGCUAGGCUUGUAUGGUCUGAUUGUCGCGUUGAUUAUGAACACAAAAGCGACUGGAUUCAAAGUUUGCUAGUCAAUUAUCAAGUACAUAGCUUUUGGUGCAACCGACUUUCGGACGAUACGACCAAUAUACUAUUAAUCGCAGCAACACGGAAUAAUGAGCCACAGUUGUUGAUCGGAGAACAGAAUCCUACACUGGGGAAAAGCUCUGGACUCAGUGGGACCUUGACCGAGAGCGAGCACUAGAUGCGCGUCUUCUAGGCACUCGUCGCCUAGAAUUGCGUUCUCUCGACCGAUCGGAAUCCGACUCUGAACCACUCGAAUCAGAGUCCGAGUCUGAACUCGAACUACGUGAAGAAUCCGAAUCGGACUCUGAGUCUGAAGAAGACCUCGACGACCUUCCGUAAAGUCAAUUGGACACAUAAACGUCGAUGAGGCGGCACUUGACUAACCUCCUGGCCUUCUUUGGCUCUCUCUCUUUCCCUUUCCCCUUAUCCUUCACCUCUCUUUCCUUUUCUUUCGCUUCCAGGAUGCGAUUCGCAGUGCCCUCCCUGCAGUGCCAUGGCUCGUCAACGAGAGCGCAACUCUUGCCAGAGGAGGGAUAUGUACUUCUUUUUGAACUCUUCAGGAACUUCGAUCGAGGGCUUGCCAGAAGCCUUCAAUUUGGCUAGCACCGAGGGGUUUUCGAGCAUCUCGGUGCGAGAAGGGCGGGAAACAUAUGGUCUCUCCCAUUUGCAUUCAUAGAUGAAGUGGCCUGUCGCGUGCGCGUACAGUAAGGGACGUGUGCGUGGCCUGGGGCGUAUGUAACGUGCCUGAUUUGAGACAUUUCUGGCAGAUAGUAGACGAAUUGGCCCUGGGGUGGUUAGAACUGCGAUGAUGCGGCGCGUAUUUGCUCAUAGCGGAGGAGGAGAGAGGAGGCAGGGGGAGUUGUUUGGUUGGCGCGUCAUGUCCAAAUAAAGCCUGCUCCUAAGUCAACCUCUUUCAACGUACUUGAACUCCCGGUGCCAUGACCCUACCGAAUGUCAAUCAAUCCGGGCCGAUUGCUUCAAUGGCUCGAGCUUCGCUCUAGAGUCCCGCGGCUCAAGCGGGGCCUGAGUCGACAUCCGCAGUGUUCUACGUUCGAUAGAUUUCUUUCAACUCACGUUCAACGGCCACUCGACGAACGCGGAAUCUACUGCAACCUGUGCACCACGGCUACUAGCACCGUCUGAGAUCUGCCGUCAUCUAGAAGGCGUGCCGUGACGUGUUAGAUAGCCUUACACCGGAAUUCUAGUCGUCCCUUGUCUCCACCGGGAUCCGAGAUGCAGGAAAGACGGCCCUAAUGGUCGUACUAAUGUCGGGCAGAUCGUUGUCUGAGGCACCUUGCUUUCAACCGUAUUUUCGCUCACUGACUGUGCAGCAUGGAGCUUGGGACAGAUCCCUCGAAGGACAUGCGCAUCUCCGCCUCAGACUCUGGGAGCUCGACCUCGGUCCCGGCACUGUCUCCAACGAGCUCCGCUGCACUGAGACUGUACGUGGUGCUGUUGGUACCGUCGAUGGCGAGUGUGUGCGUCGGAUACGAUAUCUCAGUGAUGAACUACGUGAAUGGAAUCGGGUUCGUCCGUCUCCGACGCUGUCGCGUGCCACUGCAAAACCUCAUCGCAGGUCCUAUCUGAGCUAUUUCAACCUCGACGGGCAAAGCUCCGGUGGCGGCGUCGGCACCACGACGGCUCUCGUUUUCGGAAUGGCAAGUGCUCUUUUCCUCACCGUCCGUGCUUUGCGCCGGCUUGCUAAACCGUAUGACUCAUCUAAAUACAGGAACAUGCCUCACCGUCCUAGUCGCGGGUCCUCUUUCGGAUCGAGUUGGGCGACGCGGAGCGAUGGCGAGUUUUUCUGGGGAGGCCUGCUGUGUCUCAUUGGGGCCAUCGUGGUCACAAUCGCCAAAGAUGUAAAUUAUCUGAAAGGCGGACGAUUCCUGCUGGGAAUGUCGACUGCCUUGCUACAAGUCGCUGCGCCGAUGUACGUUGCCGAGUUAUCCCCGCCACAGUGGCGCGGCCCUCUGACAGGAAUGUAUGGCGCCACUGCAAUACUCGCGACCAUAAUCAGUGGAGUCGUGACUACCGUAGCUGCCCGGUGGAAUAACACUGCCUCCUGGAGACUGCCGCUCUCAAUUCAAAUCAUUCCGUCGGCCAUACUUUGCCUGACUGUCGUGUUCAUUCCGGAGGUCAAGGACACGAAACAUCGCAUCGAUCCUUAUCUUAUCAUGCCCAGUCACCACGUUGGCUCAUGUCAGCUGGGCGCCGCGACGAAGCCCUCCAAGUCCUCGCUCGAUAUCAGGCCAAUGGGGAUCCAGCAGAACCCCACGUGCUUCUACAAAUUCAAGAUUUGGAUCGCUCGAUCAAUGGCAAUGUCGGCCGACCCUCUUGCCUUAUUCAAGACGCGCAGCGAUCGGUAUCGCGUGUUUCUCGUUGUCUUGCUUGCCCUGUCGUCUCAAUGGACUGGAAGUGGCCUAAGCUACUUCCUCGUGGUCUUACUUGCCCAAGACCAUAUCAGCACGCAGAAUCUCCGUCUGGUUCUGAGCCUUGUCUCAGGCAUCGUCUCGGCUGCAGGUGCAACUGUCGGCGCUCUGGUUUCUGAUAGAGUUGGCCGCGUUUCGCUGUGGUUCUGGGGCACAGUCUCCUGCACCGUCUGUUUGGCGAUUUCUGGAGCCAGAUGGGUUUAUUCUGCCGAUAAUCCAGCCGGCUCCCACACCGCGAUCGCCUUUUUCAUGCUCUUCAAUUUCUUCUAUUGCGCUACAUACGUGAGCUUACCGCCAGCAUACACAUCCGAAUGCAUGUCUUUCCAUAAUAGGGCCAAUGGCGUUGCUUUCGAGACUCUGGUCGCUUCUGCCGCUUCGGCGGUGGUGACUUUCGCUACGCCGAUCGCCCUGGCCAAGAUCAGUUGGCGCCUGUAUUUCGUUUUCAUCGGCUGGGAUGUCGUCGCUUGUGUGCUCAUCCGGCUUUUCGCCGUAGAGACAUCGCGAAAGACACUCUCCCGGGCUAAACGGGAGCGAGUUAUCAAUCAAGACCGUGGCAGCGAAACUCAAGAUGCAUUUCGGAAGCAAGUAUUCGACGAGGGAAUCAUCAAGGAGGGAGAUACAAUAGGGACGGACGAUGAAACCUUGUUCUUCCGCAGGCGGUUUCUACGCGCGCGCAAUUUCAACAUAGCCCACUCCAAGACAAUGCUAGCCAAUGCUCAGAAUUGGCGCAAGACUGUUGAAGGUGUUGGCAUCGACGCGCUGUACGAGGAGACGGACCCCUUUGAUUAUCCCGAACGCGAGAUAGUCUUUGACUGCUGGCCCUUGUGGUUCCAUAAGACCGACAAGGUGCGGCUUGAAUGUCUAUCUCGCGUGAUUCGCAUCCCGAUUAGUGCUGCUACUCUUCCGGGAUUAUACAAGCAUGUCACGCCGUCCCGACACUGGCGGACGCUGCUGAGCAACGCGGAAUGUCUGACGCGCGAAAUACUACCGGCGUGUUCCCGUCAAGCCGGCACCCACGUUGGCACGGUUUUGGUCAUCGUCGACUUGCAGGGCUUCGGGCUGAGCAAAUUCUGGGGCAUGAAGAGCCUCGUCCGUACGGCUUUCCAAAUUUCGCAAGAUUACUUUCCAGAAACGAUGGGCCAACUCGCUAUCGUCAAUGCCCCAUCGUCCUUUACCAUGAUAUGGUCAAUGAUGCGACCUUGGCUCUCGAAGGAAACCGCGGAGAAAGUCGACAUCCUCGGACACGACUAUCAGAAUGUCCUCAACGCCUUGAUCGAUCCGGAGAAUCUGCCUACGACGCUCGGCGGAAAGUGCUUGUGUCCCGAGGGAUGCCAUCAGAGCAGCGCAGGCCCGUGGCUCGAAGGAAGAGUUGGCUGGGGCCCACAAGCUCAAGCUGUUGCAGCUGAGAGAGACCAGUCGAACUUGGAAGCCAGCAGCGCAGCGGAUGAUCCAUCUUGCUCGGACGACAAAGACUCCUCGCCGGCGCCUUCGGUAGUUCCUGAACAGUCAACCUCCGCACAGUGAACCAAUUAGACAACGAGGUAUAAUCAGCCGGCUUGGGUAUCGUGUGUACAGUGUAAAUUGGAGCAUGUAGUUUCAGUCAUUCCCCAGGUCCUGUCCUGGUAUGUAGAACGUGAGCACUCCGCCUGCGUCGCUUCUAUCGCCCAAAUAGACGUAUAGAAUCAUGCAAUGGUUCCGGCAGAUACCUGUCUUAGUCAAGCACUGGCG